AUGGCGACCUUUGAACCCUACACGAAAACGCACCCGGAGAGACUGCCCGAUUUUGACCCUUUCACGCAGUCCUUCAACUUGAGCUAUCCCGAUGGCACCCCCUUUACCAUAUCUGUGACCGAUGUGGAUACAUUCAUCCAGUACAACGUCCGAAUCUGCAUCAACUAUGGGUCCCAAUUCGGAGCGUCGAUCGUACUGUUCGUGAUCCUUCUGCUCCUAACCCGGCGGGAGAAGCGUGCGUCAUCCGUGUUUCUUCUCAAUUCCACGGCAUUGCUAUUCAACAUCAUCCGGCUACUCUUACAACUGAUGCAUUUCACUACCGGAUUCGAGCAUUUUUACCCAUACUUCUCUCUGGACUACUUGCAGGUGAACCGUAGUGCAUUUGCCAUGUCCAUCACGGGCAGUGUCUUCGAGUCACUGGUCGUUGCCUGUAUUGAGGCCUCGCUAGUGGUCCAGGUACACGUGGUAUGUGCAACCAUACGCCGCCGCUAUCGGUGGCCGCUCCUGGCCCUAUCAAUCGCAGUGGCCCUGGCGACUAUUGCAUUCCGCCUGGCAUGGAUGGUCGAGAAUAGUAUCGCCAUCAUGGAACUGUCCUACAUGGACACAAUCUGGUGGCUGGAGAGCGCCUGCAACAUUGUGAUUACCGUCAGUGUGUGCUUUUUCUGUGCCGUCUUCGUGACAAAGCUGGGGUUUGCUCUUCGUCAGCGACGUCGACUCGGGGUGCGAGAUUUCGGGCCGAUGAAGAUCGUCUUUGUGGGUGGAUGUCAGACAUUGACCAUCCCGGCUGUAUUCUCCAUCACCCAAUACUUCGUCGUCUUCCCUGAGCUAUCCUCGAACCUCUUGACCCUGGUCGCCAUUUCCCUGCCGCUAUCGUCCAUCUGGGCUGGCGCCAAUCUCGACCAUGGGCAGCACAGCGAUACUCAGCCCCUUCACCGCCGCAACCUCUGGCGUGCCCUUGCAUUCGGAGUCAACAACACUACACUCAAUAAUGCCGCUUCGGAAAAGCAAACCUCGACAACCGGGAUGACAGCCAGCACAGCUGCCAAAACUCUCUGCUAUUCGAACCAGCCAUUGAGCAUGAUGAGCAAGCAGUCGCAUGAUUCCAUGGACCCCCUCGCAAUUGCUGUGGAGCAUGACAUCUUCAUUGACAGUAUCCGACGGAAGCAUUCCAUCGUUUGA